AUGCCUCUAUCUUCGGCGGGUAGUCUUCUACUCUUUGGGGUCGUGUUAAUCCAGUUAGCUGGUAUAUAUCUCUUCACUGGUGGCUUUCUGCUUUCCAGGCUAUCCCUCUCCGAUACCACCACUUGCACAUCAGGAUGCCGACUGGAACCGACUCAUUCUCGGGCCAUCGUCCUCAUCAUUGAUGCGCUACGCUUUGACUUUGUUUCCCCAAACCCUCCAGAGCCUCCGUCGACGUUUCAUCAUAAUGUACUCACCCUUCCCAGGCGGCUCACCGCUGAGCACCCUCGGAAUUCAUUCUUAUUCGACUCGUACUCCGAUCCACCGACGGCGACGCUUCAGCGCAUCAAAGCAUUGACUACAGGCUCGCUACCAACAUUUGUCGAUAUUGGAAAUAACUUCGGUGCUUCAUCUAUUGCGGAGGACUCGAUCAUAAAGCAGUUGCAAGCCGCGGGGAAGAAGGUUGCAUUUAUGGGAGACGAUACAUGGCUCUCUGUGUUCCCCAACUCUUUUCAUCCGAACAUGUCCUUCCCGUACGACUCGUUCAACGUCGAAGACCUUCACACAGUCGACGAGGGUGUGAUCGCCCACUUGUUCCCCCUUCUCCUCGACGAGAGCAAGCCAUUCGACUUUCUGAUCGGACAUUUUCUCGGUGUCGACCAUGUCGGACAUCGUGUUGGCCCCGAUCACCAGAGCAUGAAGACCAAACUCGUGCAAAUGAACACCGUCCUCGAGAAAGUCGUACAACUCUUGGAUGACGACACUCUUUUGGUGGUGCUGGGUGACCAUGGUAUGGAUAGAACGGGGGAUCAUGGAGGAGACGGGGACUUGGAGACCUCUGCGGCGUUAUGGUUAUACAGCAAGACCAAAGAACUAGGCCUAGAGGGUACAUCGACAAUUCCUUCUCAGCUACUCGGUCACACAGUGUUUCCCGGCGCAGCAACGCCUCAUAGGCGAGUCCAGCAAAUCGAUCUCGUCCCUACGUUGUCGCUCCUUCUGGGACUUCCUAUACCUUUCAACAAUCUCGGAAGCGUGAUUCCCGAAGUAUUCCAGCGAGCCGGCCUUCUCUCGCAGGCACUUAAGAUUAACGCUGCCCAGAUCAAGUCGUAUUUGGACGCCUAUCGUUCGAGUCCCUCAGGCGGCGAAUUGGGCGAAUCAUGGUCGUCCCUCGAGAAGACAUGGUUCGCAAGCACGGACGGCGAACUCACGAACAUGUACGAAUUCAACCGUCUGGCUCUGUCUACCUGCAGGUCCCUAUGGGCGCAAUUCAACCCAGUGCGCAUGGGCUUCGGUCUCUGCUUGCUGGUUGCAGGACUCUUGACUAUGUGGUCUCUCUUCGCACAAAUAUCACUAACGAAAAGCCUCCAGCAUGCCUAUCAAGGACUUUGGCUGUCUUUGAUCGCUCUUGUCGUUGGCGUCUUCUCUGGGGUCUCCACCCAUGCCCUAGUCAAACCAUACAUCAUGGACACUGCGCUCAUAGAUUAUACACUAUUUUUUGGAGGGUCAGCAGCAUGCCUACCAUCAAUUUGGAAAUUGAUCCCUACCUUGUCUGCGCGCAACCUCCUUUCAACACCAAUCCUCCUCAUCUUGCAUACGCUUGCAUUCUUCUCGAACUCCUUCACUUUUUGGGAAGACCGCGUUGUCCCCUUCCUACUCGCUUCAUCGAUCCUCCCCUUUGUCCUUAAAGGCUUCACGGGUCCUACGGCGCGCCUACGCAACCGCAUUCUGGGGUUCUCGGCUCUCUUUGCUGUUUCGAUUCGUUUAAUGGCAAUUAGUACCGUUUGUCGGGAGGAACAACAACCCUAUUGCCACGUCACGUACUAUGCGUCGUCGUCUCUUCCAUCCCCGCCCCUCCUCGUACGCAUCCUCGCACUGCCCGCCGCCUUCGCCAUCCCCUUGUUCAUGCAACGGGUACUGAACAUCUCCCGCUCAGACGCCGGGAUAGCCAAGCUCUUCUUGCUUUUCAUUCUCAGAUUUGCGUUGAUGACAGCGUCGGCAGCAUGGGUCUUGGAAUGGGUUGACUCAGCCCAGAUUCUGGGCUCCUGGAGCUCUGCGCUGCGAUCUACGAGGUCACUCCUUGGUAUAUCGUCUUUCGCUACGAUAUCAAUCCUCGCGCCAGCCUUGUGGUACGCAGUCCCAACGUGCUUGGACGUCACGGACGAAGCCAACGCAGACGACCUCAAAACCGCGUCCACUUCGGGUCCCAAAAGGCGACAAAUCAGAGUCAUUGGCUUCGGGAAUGCCUUUGGGUCACCCUACCUUCUCUUCUGGUCGAUACCCUUCUGUUGGGUUUUCGCAACAAGUCAGCUAACAGGACAACUUGUCUUGAGCCUCAGCGCGGUGGCUUUGUUAUCAUACCUUGAGGUGGUGGACAGUGCUCGAGAUGUCCGGGCCCUUGAAGAGGCUUUCAGCUCCUCUACUCCGUCUGCAAUAUUACAAGAUCCCGGGAUUUUUGAUCGUGCAUCGGGAAGCUCUUCAUCUCCGCAGAUGACGUUCUCCGAGGUUGUGCCCAUAGCGCUUCUGGGCCUACAGGUCUUCUACGCGACCGGUCAUCAAGCAACCAUUUCGUCUAUCCAAUGGAAGUCUGCCUUCGUGCUUACGAAGGAUCUGGUGUACCCAUUUCCCCCGAUGACAGUCAUCCUCAAUUCCUUCGGACCACUGAUGCUCGCUGGGGUCUCCGCACCUCUCGUGGCUCUGUGGAAUCGCUCGCCUUUGACAGAGCAAGCAAAGCAAAAUAAGGACCGCACGGAGUCGGCGGUACACAGAGAGAGCGUGCUUGCUGGUCUAGGCGUGAUGAUUUACUAUGGGUGUUUACUGCUGGGCACUGCUGUUAGUGCAGCAAUAUUGCGACGGCAUUUGAUGGUCUGGAAGGUAUUUGCACCGAGGUUCAUGUUGGGCGCGCUCUCGGUCGUGGUGGUCGAUAUUGGUGUCUUGUUAGGUGUAGGCCUGGGGGUCGCCAGGAUCGCAGGGAAAGUGGAGGGGAUGUUCGCAGCCGUAGUCCCUCAAGUUAGCAAGCGCUGA